AUGCUUAGACUUCUUACAAUUGGUAUUGGCAAACAAUCAAGCAUUGCACUGAGAAGCUUUCCAGCGAAAUAUUCAAAAUUAAGAAUCAAUGAUUGGAGAAUUCGGCAAUUCCACAGUACUAGAUCAUCACGUUUAAUAUAUCAACCAAAGGCUAAGAAGCCGAAACCAAAUAUAUCCGGAUCAGGGGCACGAACAACCAAGCAUAAGGUUACAACACUUUCAGAUUCGGAAGAUGCAUUAAAAGAGGAACGCCUAAUGAGAAAUAGAUACUAUACCGUUCAUGAAAGAAAUCAUGUUAGGCCGGUUGGCUUUGGAUUCAGCAUAGUGAUACUACAGCAAUUUGCAGUUAUUGUUCCAUUUCUUCUACUGUGGUAUUGGUUCUUUAAAUCGGACCGUUCUCCAGAAAAUUUACCGAAAGAAGAAUACGAUAAAGGCCUGGAUACUAUAAAGAGAGGACUAAUUAAUUUGGACAUGGAUGCCGAAAGCAAGGCCAAAAUGGCGGCAGCCGGAGCAGCUUCAUAUGCUCUAACAAAGGCAUUUCUACCGGUUAGAAUUCCUCUGUGUGUUAUAUUAGCACCAUGGUUUGAUAGAUGGUGCUUACGUCCAAUUGUGCGGGUAUUCACAUCUUUAUUUAAGAGAAACAACAUCGUCAAACCUCGUGCUCGCAAAUAA